AUGAGUAAAGCGAUGGCCAAGGAAGUCACCAUUUCCCAGUGCAUCAAAAACUGGGAACAGAAAAAUGGCAGAAAAAUAAGCGAAGAGGAAGAAGUGAGCUUCAUUUGCCACAUCCCCUUAAUUGAAAAAUUAGACAACAGUAUCAACUCACUCGAAAAGUGCAAGCGCCUGUCCUUGUCGACGAACCGAAUUGAAAAACUCGUCCCGAUGUCCGGUCUGAAAAAUAUUGAGAUCCUCUCGCUAGGAAGAAACUGCAUUAAAAAGUUCCAGUUCCUUGAAGACAUCAGUGGCACGCUAAAACAACUCUGGAUUUCCUACAACAACAUUGAUAAGCUGGACAACCUCCAAUCCCUUAAGAAGCUCCAAGUGCUUUACUUGUUUCACAACAAAAUAAAAAAUAUCGAGGAGGUCGACAAAUUGAGCGUCUUGCCAGAACUUGCCGAAUUGGGACUUAAGGGAAACCCUUUAUAUGAGGGAAAGACAAACGAGUAUAUGAAGUUGGUGAUUUUAAAAAAGUUGCCUCAGCUGAAGGUAGUGGACAACGAAACGAUCACGGAAAAACAGAGGAAUGACGCCCUGACCGUUGAAGUUUUUUGA